AGUAUUGUUUGAACCGCAGUAAUGAUCGAAUAUUGGUUGGCCUGAAAAGAAAUACAGAAAAUUUGGAUAAAAAUUAAAAUAAAAUUAAAUUUAUUGAAUUUUUGUACCAAAACACGGAAUCUCGUGUAAAAAAAAGUGAAAUUAAAAAAAUAUCAAUUAAACAAAAAAAUAUCAUGCGUGACCCACUUAUGCUUCAAUUUAUAGUGUUCUAAAUUUUUUUAAGCAAAAAAAUCGUUUCAUAUUGAAACAAAUAAUAAUAAUAAUAGCUUCGAACUCUAUAGUAGUAGGCGCAGUAUUUGAAUACAUUUUCGCCUUUUUUAUAUUAAAUUAAGAUAGUAAUUUACAUUAAUCAAAAAAUCACAAACAAAUGGCGUCGUCGUCGGAUCGAGAGACACUCAAAUGGGCAAUUUUGUCCUUCGCACUGUGGGGUCAUCUGUUUGUCAGUUGCAGCGCCAAUCAAUCACCACCUUCCGUCCAACUUUGCAAUGAAUCUCUGCAACACAUCGCAAUCUCCAGUAGCGGUAGAGAAUCUAGUCUGAUAGUGGAUUUAAGUCCUAGCUCGCAACAAAUUUGCCAAAAGACGUUCCUAACAGAGCCGCGUCAUGCCUUCUUCAUACGCUUGCUGCGAAUUACGCGACCGCAUUUUGCCAUCGUCAACGAAAUGCAAAGCAUGAAGCAUUUGCCAAACUUCCGCAAGACGAAGGAAUAUUCGUGUCCGUUGGAAAUUAGUGUAAUUAACGACACGAUGCGACCGGCUUGGAAAAUCGAUCCCUGUAAACUCGAAUAUGAUAAUCUCAGUGAAGACUCUCGAUUGCAGCCUGGCCAAUUACAGAUCAAGUGGAAAAAUAAUGGAUACUCACCUGCGGUCAAACUGCUUGUUACCGUUAUCGGCAAAGAUGAAGUUUGUCUGGAUCGGGAGCGUUUCGUGUGUCUUGGAUUUGGUGAGGUCCCUUUACUCUGCAUUGCCAAGGAACUCGCCUGUGACGGCAUCGAACACUGUCCAUCCGGCCUGGAAAUGCGCAACGAUGAAGACUUGCAAAUGUGUGACGGUAGCAGCAUGAAUGUCUGGCAACAACUCUCCCUCAAUUUCCUCAAAGGCAUCUUACGUGGUAACGGACCCGAUACCGCAGAAAAUGAAAUAAUGCCGAUGUACAGCACCACUGAACGCACCGGACCACCAAAUCCACGACAAAAGUCCACACUAACAAGAGGUCUUGCGCGAUACGGUCCCUGGGGCUAUUUGAUGCUCGGAAUGCUCGUUUGCGGUGCUGCUUUACUCAUUUGCGGCUUAUGGGUUCCAGAAUGUUGUUGUCGUCGCUUCAAACCCGAGUUGGACGAUAGUUUGUCGUCGUUGGAUAAUCCGUCAAUCAUUCAGUCGGCCGAUAAUUCGGGAAUUUCACCAUCGGCACCGCCAAAUUAUGAGGAACUGGAUUCGCCACCGGCCUAUGCAAUUUUGUUUCCCGUGCAAAAGAGUCCCGAUUCGACUGUUGGCAACAACGAACAGAAUAAUUCGCAUCCGCAAUCCGAAAACACUCGAAGAGCCUCCGUUCUGGGAAGUGCUUCAAGUAGUCAGCAUUUAUAAAUAAUAUUUUAAUUAUAGCGCGUACUUUUAAGGUUUUAAUUUAUUUUUUUACCGUUGAUUUAUUUUUUUUUUUGUUUUAUAUUUAACAUAUCAUCAGGACUGAGAAACGAACAAUUUCCAUAUAAAAAAAAAAUCGUUAGAAGUAUUUUUAAUGCACCCAAGAAUUUUUGUUACCUACCGUAGUCUGAAUACCAGGAAUUUUACUUAUUUUUUAAAAAAGGAAAAUUUGUAUAAUUUUUGGUCUGAGGCAGCUUUUACACCUGAUUUAAUGUUAAUUUUUAAGUAAUGAACAGAAUGUGAUAAAUAAU